UCCGAGCCGGGCGGAGAGGCGCGAGCGGCACGCGGCGCCGAGGGGAAGCAGCGAGCGCGCGGCUGCAGCCCGUGAGCGCGAGGCGCCGACCGCCACUCGGCGCGUGAGGCGCGGCGAGCCUAACGGUCGCCCGGCGAGCGGGCGGGAGGCGGCGGCCGCGCUGCGCUCUCCACGCGCGCUCGUAUCCUCGCACCGCCCGCGCGUCCCGAGGCGCGGACCCCCGCCCCUCUCCUCACCGUCUGAGGGGCUCAGCGCCCGGCCCGGCAGCCACCACGGAAGCGGCCAUGGGGGACCGAGAGCAGCUGCUGCAGCGAGCCCGCCUGGCCGAGCAGGCGGAGAGAUACGACGACAUGGCCUCGGCCAUGAAGUCGGUAACUGAGCUGAAUGAGCCUCUCUCAAAUGAGGACAGAAACCUGCUGUCUGUAGCCUACAAGAACGUAGUUGGAGCUAGGCGAUCCUCCUGGCGUGUCAUCAGCAGCAUAGAGCAGAAGACUAUGGCUGAUGGCAAUGAGAAGAAGCUGGAGAAGGUUAAAGCCUACAGGGAGAAGAUAGAAAAGGAACUUGAGACAGUCUGCAAUGAUGUUUUGGCUCUCCUCGAUAAGUACUUGAUCAAGAACUGCAAUGACUUCCAGUAUGAGAGCAAGGUUUUUUAUCUGAAAAUGAAAGGAGAUUAUUACCGCUAUUUGGCAGAAGUUGCUGCUGGAGAGAAGAAAAACAGUGUUGUGGAAGCCUCAGAAGCUGCCUAUAAGGAGGCCUUUGAAAUCAGCAAAGAGCACAUGCAGCCUACUCACCCAAUUAGGCUUGGGCUGGCGCUCAAUUUCUCGGUGUUCUACUAUGAAAUCCAGAAUGCUCCUGAGCAAGCCUGCCUUUUAGCCAAACAAGCCUUUGAUGAUGCCAUAGCAGAGCUGGACACACUAAAUGAGGAUUCCUACAAGGACUCCACUCUCAUCAUGCAGUUACUUCGAGAUAACCUCACUCUGUGGACGAGUGACCAGCAAGAUGAAGAAGCAGGAGAAGGCAAUAAUUAAAAAGCUUUCCUCUGAUCUGUCUUUCAUCCACUUCACAAUCCCUGUCAUCACCGAUAUUACCUUGCCACAGUCACACUAAAUAUCUAGUGCUAAGCAUAUCUGUAUUGUACAGCUGUUCAGAUUUGCUGUCCACUUUAUCAAGAAGCAGUUUCAGAUGAGCCUUCAUGGGUGUUGAUGGAUUGAUUGGUUUAUUGGCCCUAGUUAUCUUAGUUGCACUUCAACAGUGCAGAAAGAUAUAUGUAUUUAAUGAGGCAUUUUUAGUUUGCCUGUUGAUUAGAACAGAUGGGAAAGAAUAAUGGAAAACGAUUGAAGAUGAUUAGAUUCCAGUUUCAAUUUUUGCCAUUUGAAAUGAGCUGACUGUUCUGUUAAGCAGUACAUUUUGUGCAUGCAAAGUAAACUAGCCACCUCAAUUUUUUUUCAGUCAAUGCAAACAGUUAAGCUGAUGUGAAAUGACAACCCUGUUCAUCAGUUUACAAUAAACUGUUUGAAAUGUGAAGUUUUGGUAGCAAAUUUUUUUUUGCCUCUUAACUUAUGUGCACAGUUUAUUUUAAUGCAGUGCAUCUACCUAAGAGUUUUGAUACUUGUAACCUUUUGCAAUUGUUUUGAAGAAUCAUGAAUUUAUUUUUUGUAAACUUUUUGGCUGUUUAGUUGUCUGUGUAUUCUGACAACACUAUGUCAAUAUUAGCCCAUGUUAAGAUGGAUGACCGAGAUGCCAGACUUCUAAAUUAAAUGUUUUGGAAUUAAAUAAAAUAAAAUGCUGCUUCGGGGAAUAUUAUCUCUACAUAAGCUGUCCUGUCUUUUGUUCAGAGCAAAGACUGAGUUACUUAGUACAUCACUGCUAAGUUAAAACAUGUCAUUAAUGAGAAGACGUCUCAUACACUAAAAACAAAUGAGCAAAUAACUGUGCUAAAAAGAAGAAAGAAGCCCACAGCAAUCUAGAAUGGUACUUCUUACCUGAGGUAAAAUGGAGUUUCCUAAGGUACGUGUUAGUUGGUUUACUGGGUACAGCAACUGUAGAGCAGUUCUGCUCAGAAGCUAAAAAGUAGCAUAGAAUAUUACUUGUUUACACCAAUGUAGAGACUUAUAUUAUUUUCUUCUGUCUACAGUAACUUCUAAAGUGUUUUUUUUUUCCCAGAAGUGCUAACCACCAAAUUGUAUUUGCACAUUAAAAUUCCAGUAGUGUUAGUUUGUACUUACCUAAUUCUAGCAGAAGCAGUAUUUAUUCUUGGAGAAUGCCUCUCUGUUCUAGCAAACUUAAAUCUAGUCCCCAGACUUACAUUUUGCUUCUUUCUCCCCAGCAGUUAGAAUAUAUUUAUUGGUUCCAUCCAUACUUCUGUACUGAUGUAUUACAGAAGCAGGAAAAGUUAGCUGUUGUUGUGUUACAUGUGGCUGUAUCCAGACUGCUGCUGGCACCUGGGCUAGCUCAAAAAUCAUGUAAGUUCUCAAUUUAUCUAAAUCCAUUUUUGUAUGACUUAAUAAAACACUAGUGGCCUAAAUGCCCACAGCAAGAACUUCUCAUGCUUUUUAAAACAGUGAGCUGCUUCCUUUUAAAUAUCUGGAGAAUGAGAUUUUUUAAGGAUAGAUUUGUUCAUAUAUUUUCUAGUCUCCUAGGUAAUUCUAGAUGUAUUAUAUUAGUUACGUUUGUGAUAAUCAGAGGGCUUGUACAACAUCUGAAAAAGGUGUAAGUUAAUCUUGAUGUUGUGCUGUUGUAUGAUCUGGGCAUGCUUGAUUCCUACUAAAAUAAAGCACCUUGAAUUAUGUCCUU